AUGCAGCUGCCUGCCUUCAACAUGUGGAAGGACUACUUCAACCUGAGCCAGGUGGUGUUGGAAAUAAUCCAAAGUCGGGGGCCAAAGCCAGAGGCCCAAGGGGUUGGGGAGCCAAGUCCUGGGCCCCAGCUGGGGCGGCAAGAGGGGCCGGGAGGGCCAGGGGCCGGCGGGGGCCUGGUCACCCUGUGCAACUUCUGCAAGCACAACGGCGAGUCGCGCCACGUCUACUCCUCUCACCAGCUGAAGACGCCCGAGGGCGUGGUGGUGUGUCCCAUCCUGCGGCAUUAUGUGUGUCCCCUGUGUGGGGCCACUGGUGGCCAGGCCCACACGCUCAAGUACUGCCCCCUCAACGGCGGCCAGCAGUCCCUCUACCGCCGCAGCGGGCGCAACUCGGCCGGCCGCAAAGUCAAGCGCUGA